GCGGAGGUCUUUGCCGAUGUUUGGAAAGCAGCUGGAAAGCCGAAGUCAUGCAAAGGUAUUGUAACAAAUGUUUCGAAUUGGAAUGCAUGGUCCAUGAUUCCAGGAGAAUUCGAGAAUUUCAAGGAUGCACAAUACAACAAAGCGCAGGAUGAGAAGCGAUAUAUUCACUUUCUCGGCGCGCAGCUUGCAGUCAACGGUAUGCCAAACCACGCCAUCGUCGAUACUAGCCGCAAUGGGCGUGUAGGGCUGCGUACCUAUGGUGGCAACUGGUGUAAUGUGAACGGCGCCGGGUUUGGAAUACGCCCCACUAGCGAGACAGAUGAUGAUCUGUGCGAUGCUUUUGUUUGGGUCGAGGUUGGUGGA